AUGCCCCCCAAGUCUCUCUGCAACCUCUCCCAGACCGCGGGCGCGAAUCAGAGCGGCUUCGUUCCCGGGGUGUCCGAGGGGGACUUGCUGGCCGCCGCCGACGGGACGAGCGCCAAGUUCGCGAUCCGCUGUGCGAUCCCGUCCCUCUACCUGCUCAUCAUCGCGGUGGGCUUGCUAGGCAACAUCAUGCUGGUGAGGAUCUUCAUGAGCAACAGCGCCAUGAGGAGCGCCCCCAACAUCUUCAUCUCUAACCUGGCCGCCGGGGACUUGAUGCUGCUGCUCACCUGCGUCCCGGUGGAUGCCUCGCGCUACUUCUUUGACGAGUGGAUGUUCGGGAAGGUGGGCUGCAAACUGAUCCCGGUCAUCCAGCUCACCUCGGUGGGGGUUUCCGUGUUCACUCUCACCGCCCUCAGCGCCGACAGGUACAGAGCCAUCGUCAACCCCAUGGACAUCCAGACGUCCCGGGCGUUGCUGUGGACCUGUGUCAAGGUGGUGGGGAUCUGGGUGGUCUCCGUGCUGCUGGCGCUUCCGGAAGCCGUGUUUUCGGAAGUGACGCUAAUUGAGGGCGUUGAAAAUGGCAGCUUCACGGCGUGUGUACCCUACCCUCAGACGGAUGAAUUACACCCAAAGAUUCAUUCAGUGCUCAUCUUCUUGGUCUAUUUCCUCAUACCACUUGCUAUUAUUAGCGUUUAUUAUUAUCAUAUUGCAAAGACCUUAAUUAAAAGUGCACAUAAUCUUCCUGGAGAAUACAAUGAACAUACCAAAAAACAGAUGGAAACACGGAAACGCCUGGCUAAAAUUGUGCUGGUCUUUGUGGGUUGCUUUGUCUUCUGCUGGUUUCCAAAUCACAUUCUCUACAUGUAUAGGUCUUUCAACUAUAAUGAGAUUGACUCAUCUCUAGGCCACAUGAUUGUCACCUUAGUUGCCCGAGUUCUGAGCUUUUGCAAUUCUUGUGUCAAUCCAUUUGCUCUCUAUCUACUCAGUGAAAGCUUCAGGAGGCAUUUCAAUAGCCAGCUGUGUUGUGGGAGGAAGUCCUAUCAAGAGAGAUCAACGAGCUACCUUCUCAGCUCUUCUGCAGUGCGUAUGACAUCUCUGAAAAGCAAUGCUAAGAACGUGGUGACCAAUUCUAUUUUACUAAAUGGGAACAGCAUGAAGCAGGAAAUGACACUGUGA